AUGGCCAAUGUAUCUGAUGCAUCCGGUGUCAAGUAUGACACUCUUGAACCUGUAAAUGCACUGCCAAGAGUGCGUGUAAUGCAACGAUCUGGAUCUGCGUCAUUUGAUUCGGGCUCUGCGCCGCUUGAUUCGGAAGAUCCGUCGCUUGAUUCGGAAGAUCCGUCGCUUGAUUCAGGAUCUGCUUCGAUAGCUUCAAGGAUCGAAACAUUGACAACUUCUGCUUCAUCACCAGGGCUCGUGUCAUUUGCUUCACUUUUCAAAACAUAUGCGGCUACUGGAUCAAAGCCAUCAAAGUCUUCUUACUCGUCGUCUCCAGUAAAAUCGGUCGAAGAUAUUUCCGUCACAGUGUCACCCAGUUCGUCGUCGAACUAUUCGGCUCUGAUCACGGACGCGUCAGGAGUUUCAUACGGGCUUGCUACCCCUCUCACAGCCAAAAGCUCCGUUGUACCAACGUACCGCAACUGGGUUGGUCCUCCAGUAUUCCAAGGAGAUGUGGCUUGUUGGCGAGAAGCUCACAUUAUGGACGUGUGUCCGUCCAACUUCGACCGCAAUGAAGCUACCAACACGUGCUGGGCGGAGUGUCCGCUCGAGUUUCCGAUAAAGUGCGGCAUGGAGUGCAUUCGUCAGAACGACGAUUGUGGCCGUGAAAUCUUCUACAAGGUCACUUCUAUCAUCAACGUCGGGAUCAAUGGUAUCAUGGAUAAUUGGUUCGGCAAAUUCAAAGAAAUGGCGAAGGAGGUGCGAACCGCAACCUAUUGUAUUUGUAUGCUAUUAGGUGAGGUUCGCGCCAUCCUCCGUUACGUCCGCAGUAUCAAGACUUCUGACCCCCAAGCUUCGCUAGACAAAAUAUUGACGUUGCUAUACCAGUCAAACGCAGUGGUCGUCGAAUUGCCUAUUACGAUCAAAUUGUGCAUGGGCGGCAAAGCAGGCCCCAAGUGGUGGCUGGCAGAGCGAAUGAUGGCAACAACUCAAUACCUUUUGUCCCAAAUUAUGUCCCACGACGACGAGCUCAUCGCGAGCUUUGAUCGAUUCAAAGCAUUCCUCAAGGGAGCCAACUUCACGGUCCCACGAUCGAUGAUCACAAAGGGAGAAAUUGGCUAUCUGAAAGACGCGCUGCAGUCGAACUCGAGUUGCGGACACGACUUGCAGGGUCUAGUAGAGCGUACAUGGUCUACUAUCGAGGCUCUUCGGGAGAAAUAUCCCGGUAUCACGAAGAAUCAAUUGCGUGUGAUGAUCCAGGAUACGGAACUUGUGAAGACGGACAUUGCAAUUGUGACCAGCAAUUGUAUGGAGUUGUUGGUCGAACAAUCGGGCCAAACGACAGCGUACGUUACACGAGACAAAAUCCGUAAGACGUUCGGAGUGAUCAUCAAUGAUCUCAUUACAAAAGGCGUGAGCAACAACGGCACGUCAUACAAAGCCAACGAAUACACGUACAAGUGGCUGAACCAAGGUCUUAACGCUUUUAUGGUCACGGGUUUCGAUAUGAGUGGUAUCACCAGCAUGAUCUCCGAGUAUUUCCAGACGACCUGCGGCCCCACGCAGUUCAUUGGCGAGAUAGACGACGGCACCCACCCCCAUACACUGGGACUCAGCACCAUUCAGAAGGCCUUCCAAAACAGCACUUUGUCGUGGACCAAGAAAGGGGACGGCCAAGUCAUCAUCAACUUUGCCAGCUACGACACAAAAAACGUGACAGUCAACAUCAUCUCUGGAGGCGACAAAAUCGACGAGAUCGAUGUCAUCGCGGGUGGAAAAGCCACAUGGAAGUCGACUGUGGAGAAGUUGGGCGGCAAGACGUUGUAUCUCGAUCGUUGGCGUAAAGGGUUCCUAGGGCUUCCGACCACCAGGGGUGGCUCCUUAAUGCUGUGGGUGCCCCGUGCAGCCCAAGGUGGUCAUUUAGACUUGAAUGUGAGGCUGAACUUGAAUUAA